AAACCCGACAGCACUCGCACUGCUGUCAUGUGAUUACAUUUUUCACCUGACUGACAUUUUUCUUCGCAAAUUUCCUCAACAGCAAUUGGGCGACGGCUGAAAAAUUGUAGAUUUUCCCCGUGGAAAACUAUCGAAGUUCAGGAAGAAAAAUCACAGUGCAACCUUUCAGCACCACACUAACGAGUACAGCAGCAAAAUGAAAAUCUGUGGUCCCAAAUUGUCGCUCUGCGGUUUGAUCAUCUCCGUCUGGGGAAUCAUACAAUUGGUACUGAUGGGAGUAUUCUUCUUUAUACACAGCGUUGCGUUGAUUGAGGAUCUACCCAUCGGUGAAGAGUUUCAUUCGGUUGAGGAAUUUUAUACAGCAGCCAACGCAGCAUACAACCAGAAUGCCUAUAACUGUUGGAUCGCAGCUUGCAUCUAUGUGCUUACUCUUCUAUUGUCCGCUCAACAAUUCUACGUAAACAGCCGAGCGACUUCCAACUAAUUUGGUGACAGUAUGCCGGGGAACAGCAAAACAAAUCAUACAAGUGCAUACCAAUUCAAAUUGCAAUCACAUGUAAAGUUCAUUGCCAUUUUACGGCUUAAGUUACACCUUCAUCAAGCACAGUAGUUUAGCAGGUGCAGUCAGCGGAAGUUCUAUAAUAAACAAAAAUACAAUAGAAAAUGUACAUAGCAUUGUAAUGGAAGCGAAGCAAAGAAAAAUAAAAAGGCUGCAUCGACCACAUUCUCUCAGUGUCAUCACCUUCAAUAUCAUCAGCGUCGUCUUUAUUGUUGAUUUUGUUUUUCUCACAAUUAAGCAAGCGAUGUCUGCAAAUAUCGGCGUAAAAAAUAUGUAUAGUUUUCAAAACUACCUUUGUAAAACUCGCAGUAUAAUUUGCCUUUUUCCAAGAGCAAAUAAUGAAAAUAAUGUUUUUGUGCUGAAUUAUUUUUUAAUUUAUGUCAAUAAUCAACAAAAAAUGUAUUUCCUCAGGAUAACAUUUCAAAAAAAAAAAAAAACAUUCCAUUAUCAUCCAAGCCCCAAAAUUAUAUAGUUUUCUUUUUAUUAUGCUUUGAUUAUUAUUGUAAACCGUUAUACUGUAUAUCUUUAUCUUUGUUUUAAAAAUUUCCUUAUUUUUUGCUUAUUUAUUUUUCAAAUUAUGUCCGCUGCCUCUUUCUUCGACUCAGUCCCGAGUCGGGAAUGCAGCACAAGGCACUUCAGCUACAUAUGCGGCUUUUAGUAUUGUAAAAAUUAAACGCAUAAUAAUUGAGUUUGUAAAAAAUUUCAUAAUUGCAAAAAAUUCUAGUUCAUUACCUAUUCAACAAAUGUGUAUAUUCACACUUUGAACAAGAAAUAGAAUAGAUAAAAUGGAAAGUACCUUAAUAAUCAUUUCUGGUAUUGAGUAGAAUCAGAAAAUUUGCAACACAUACUCCAAAAUUGUGGCAAGAAUUUUUAAUCAUACAUAUAAAAUUAGAGGGCAUGCAAGCAUAGAACCGGCAACCCACCUACUUAACAUUUAGCCUCCUCGAUGUGUGGGUUUCAGAUUUUGCGAUUUCAAAAUGCCUUCAUUGUUUUCUAUAUUGCUACAAUUUUCUUUUAUUAAAUUGCUUUUCAUGUUGUUGUUUUGCUAUCUUUCAAAACAUUGAAUAAAAUGCUGUAAAUUAACUAACAAUACAUACAUAUAAAACUAUUUAGCAAA